CCGAUUGCCGGUCGAAGAUGUUUUCGUGGCGCGCGCGCAACGCUCAACGCGCUUCCGACUGCUGCUCGGCUCGCCUCCGACUGAUCUGGAAUGGCACUCGGUUUGCUCACCGCCUCACCGGAAGAUCUAUAUAAACUUGAUCUUCGAGGACCUCGUUGUACGCGAUCGCUUUCUUCCUCCCCCGAUCCGCUGCCAUGGCCGCGCAGAUGAGCCCGCUCCGCCGGUGGAAGCGCUUCUUCGGCGCCUUCGACUCCGUCGACGCGGCCAUCGAGACCGCCGACCCUGACAUGUGCCGCGACGAGCUCCGGCGCGCCAGGGGCGACAUCUUUGAAGGGCUCUGCAACACCGCCGACGACGGCAAGGCGGAGAAGCUCUGCGGGGUUCUCGACGGCUUGAUGGCAGAGUCCCUCGAGACGCUGCGGUUGACUCUCGUGACGCCGAAGGUGCUCGCCACCACGGACCUCGCCAAGGCCGUCCGUGCGCUGCGGAAGCACGAGUCCGAGCGGGUCCGCGCCCUCGCCAGAGGCAUCAUGAGCGGGUGGAGGGCGUCCGCCCUGCACGACUUCGCCGGAGAGCCGGACAACUUCAACGCGCCUCAGCCCAAGGAGACCGUCGAGCAGCAGCGUGUCUGCGCAACGACGACGGAGCGGCCUUCCUCCAUCGAGAUCGCCGGUCACGAUCAGCAGCAUGCCUCGGCCGAUCUUGACGCGAAGAAGAAGAAGACGGUGGAGAUCAGCAGCAAGGCGUCCGAUCUCGUCGGCGGCAUCAACAUGGCGAAGCCCAAGGAGGUCACCGUCGGUCAGCAUGUCAAUGUCUCGGCCGAUCCAGACGCGAAGGCAAUGGAGGCCGCAAAGCGCAAACUCCAUGAGAGGUACCAGCAAGCAUCGGACGCGAAGCGGCAGCGCAGGGUGCAGGUCGUGGAGUCGCCGGAGAUGCUCAAGCAGAGGCAGAGGAAGAUGCACCCCAUCCUGAGGGAGAGGAGCCUGGCGAGGUGCGCCAGCUCCAUGGUCAAGAAGACGUUUUCGGUCACGAGGCAGUUUCCCAUGGGCAGUUGA